CGACACAGAAAUCCGUGGAGAUUCACGACUGGAUUUCUUACUAACCAAAGGAGAAAAAAAACUCAUGGUUAAUAAAUGUUGUUCCUGUUUCUCUUGCAGAUCGAGUGGCAUAUGAUUUCCUGGAAAUUACACAGUGUGGGCGGAGUCGCCAGCUGAUAUUUAGUUGCAUGGAAGUCGUGUAGGCGGAAGAGGAUUCCAUAACACUGCACAUACAACAGUCGAGAUUAAAAAGAUUUAAAAUGACCGACCUCCACAAAGAAAACUUAAAAUUAUGGCGACGUUACAUCACUAGUAUCCUUCGCCCUACAUACAUUCACGGAUUCCUCACGACUUUUUUUUCUCCAGUUGAUACUGAGCAGAUUUUGUCGUUGGAAGAAAAAUCAGUCAUAAAAUCUGCAGAACUCUUUCUUGAGUGUCUGCUUAAAUUGGAAGAACAAGGAUGGUAUCGAGCAUUUUUAGAUGAACUACAAGAAGCAGGUUACACUGGAUUACAGCAAGCCAUUGAAAAUGCUGACUUCACUGAAAUUGCAAAACUGGAGGAGCCUAAAAAACUACUGGACCGCAUCUUGCCAUCGAUUGUUUCUAAUAUAAAACCAUGUGAAGUUAUUCGUUUUAUGCCAACGUGUCUCCGACCCAGAGAAUGUGAAGAAAUUGAACAGAUUUCAGAACGCAAAGGUUCCACAGCUGGAGCACAGAAACUGCUUGAUUGUUUGCAAAGGUCUGACAAACAAAACUUUUUCAAGGAAUUUCACCUGGCUUUGGAGAGGUGCAACUGUAAUGCAGUAACCUUGCUCUUGUCUCCUGAUUCAGUUGAGAUGAAAACAAUUGAGGAAAACAGUAGCAAUUCUAUGAGCAAUGAUGUGGAAAUGCAUUAUUCAGAAGAGGCAGAAAGCAUGAACACUUGCAGUGCAGCAGUCAGCAAUGCAGAAAAGUUUCAACAAAACUCAGCAGCCCUGGAGAAUUUACGAUUGAGAGACUAUCAAUUCGAGCUGGCAGAACACGUAGUUGAUGGCGACAACACAAUCAUUUGCGCUCCUACAGGAUGUGGAAAAACCAUCGUCGCCCUCUACAUCAGUGAGGAUCACCUCAACAAAGCUCCCAAGGGUGUGAAAAGGAAAGUUGUCUUCAUGGCUACCACAGUUCCUGUCUACGAACAACAAUACGACUUGUUCCAGAAACACUUCCAGAAAACUCGCUACGAGGUGUGUGGACUGUGUGGUGAUAAAGUGGACAGUUCUCCAGUGCAAAUGUUGGUUGAGAGAAACGAUAUCAUUGUCUUGACACCACAGAUUCUGCUGAAUUGUCUCAAAGAUAAACGAAUUCCAUCCUUGUCCCUAAUUACACUGUUGAUUUUUGAUGAAUGCCACAACACAACAAAAAACCACCCAUACAAUGUUUUAAUGAAGACGUACAUCGAUCUCAAGUUGGGCACAAAGACGAGCAGUUUACCCCAGAUUGUUGGAUUGACAGCAUCACUUGGAGUCGGUGAUGCUAGCACACUCAACGAUGCAGUGAAUUAUAUUCUCCAAAUUUGUGCCAAUCUUGAUGCCGAAUCCAUAUCAACAGUACAAAAGAAUGUGGCAGAACUGAAUAAAUAUGUCUUUGUUCCAAAAAAACAUACUCGCCACACUGCCAGGCGUAAAAGGGAUCGAUUUGCAGACAUUAUCUCUGAGAUGAUGGCUCAAAUUGAAGCAAUGGCCAGGAACAUUUACAACAUUGGUAACCUUUCAAACAUCCAGAAUCGAAACUAUGGGACACAGAAGUUCGAGCAAUGGAUUAUUGAAGUGCAGAAAAAGUGCAAAGUCCUCCAAAUGGAUGACAUAGAAGAGGAAAGACGGAUCUGUCGGGCACUUUUCACUUACACCGAGCACUUACGGAAAUACAAUGAUGCUUUGAUUAUCAAUGAUGAUGCCCGAACCAAAGAUGCUGUUGACUAUCUGGAAGAAUUUUUUAAUAAUGUGAAGGAGGGUGGAUAUGAUGAGACUGAACAAAAGCUCACUGCAUUAUUUGAAGAUAAGAAACAGCAACUGUUAGAAAUUGAUGCUGAUCCAAGCAAUGAGAAUCCCAAGCUGACUGAAGUGAAGAGCAUUCUGAAAGAAGAAUAUAAAAACAAUCCAGAAACCAAAACUAUCCUGUUUGUCAGAACCAGAGCACUUGCAGAUGCUUUGAGGAAGUGGCUAUUAGAGUGUGAGGCAUUGGCAUUCUUACAACCUGAAAUCUUGUUGGGAAGAUCCAAAAAUACAGGAAUGACUCUGCCCUUGCAAAAAGAAGUACUGACUUCAUUUAAAGGCAACAAUGGAACCAAAAUCCUUGUAGCAACAUCUGUUGCUGAUGAGGGAAUUGACAUAGCUCAGUGUAACCUCGUACUAUUGUACGAGUAUGUGGGUAAUGUUAUAAAGAUGAUUCAAACAAGAGGUCGUGGAAGAGCACAAAAUAGCAAGUGCAUUCUUAUUACCAGCAAAAGAGAGCAGGUUGAGAAAGACAUGCAUCAUUUUUUACAAGAGGAGAUGAUGUACAAAGCUAUUUGUGAAGUGCAGCAGUUGGGACAGGCAGCCUUAGUCGAAAAGAUUAAUACCAUUCAAUUAAAUGAAAAGAGGAGGAGAGAAGUAGUUGAUAGUGUUCCAAAUAGAGAGAGACCAGAUGUCAGUUGCCAGUUACUUUGUGGAAGAUGCAAACUGUAUGCAUGCAACUCUGAUGACAUAAGAGUCAUAGAGGAAUGUCAUCACACAGUUAUCGACAAUUCUUUCCAGCAACGCUAUUCAACUCAACCUCACAAGAAGCCAAAAGCCUUCAACAAUUUUCAGAAAAGGCAAAAAUUGCACUGUAGAAACUGCAAGCAUGAUUGGGGAAUCACCGCAAACUACAAGGAAUUCAUUGACCUCCCAAUAAUUAAAAUUGAGAGUUUUAUUCUUCAGGAUGUUACAACAUCUAAACAAAUCCCUGUGAGUAAAUGGAAGAACAUCCCAUUUUCAGUUAAGCUUUUUGAUCCAGCAGAAAUGACCAAUAAAUAAUUGGUUGAGGAUAGUAGCGAGAGAGAGAGAGAGAAUCUCGUAUGAAAAUUCCUUUGGUCAAAGACAUUCCACAGUAAAACAAAAUGCUGAAACUACAUAGUAGCUUCAAGCAACAGAAUUUUUAAAAAAUCACAUAAGUUGUAAGACAUCCCCAAAACUGUUCUGCUAAAUUAAUUGAAUUCUUUCAGCAUUGACAAUUUGCUGUUCUAUAUUUAACUACUUUGUUUUAGAACCAAUUUGUACAUUCAUUAUACAAACACUUCUUGCCCAUGUAUUUCUUUCAGAAUCACCAUAAGCAUUAAUUCCCUUCUCUAGAGCUACACAUCAAUAAACAGAAAACCUACACUUCUAAACAUGAAGGUGUAACAUUUGGAAUGCUAUUCAGUAAUUUUGUCAAAAUCUAUUUGCAUGUGACUUACCAUUGACCAGCACAGAAAAUGUUUCCACUCGUCAAUGCCUCUAAUGAUAGAUAUUUAAUCAAAGGAUAAUUAUUUAAAAAUCCAGUACAAAUUUUCCACAGUUAUCAGAAUGUUGCCACACAGUGAAUUUGAGGCAAAUAACAAGAGCAACAAGAUGAAACUAAACAUAAUAAGGAGACAGGGAUAAAGGAAUAUGCUGAUAGUUUAAGAUGAAGGUGGUUAGGAAGAAGCUCAUGGGGCACAUCAAUAUCGUCACUGACCAUGGGGGUCUGUAUCUAUAUAUUUUAUGUAAAGUUGUUCAGUGCUUCGAAUUUAAGCAAAUGGUGUUUGUUAUCUAUAAUAAAAAUUGCAAUUGAUUUUAAAGUGUGGAGCUGGAUGAACACAGCAGGCCAAGCAGCAUCUCUGAUGAAAGGUCUAGGCCCGAAACGUCAGCUUUUGUGCUCCUGAGAUGCUGCUUGCUGUGUUCAUCCAGCUCCACGCUUUAUCUUGGAUUCUCCAGCAUCUGCAGUUCCCAUUAUCACACUGAUGUAAUUUUUAUUAUAUGCAUUAACGUAACUUUCAUUUAAUAAUUAAAACAAACUGGAUUAAUCAUCAAUACUGCACUUUACCUUUGUGAGAUUAGUAAUUAAAAGAAUUGGUGUCACACAAAUUUGUGCCAUCACCAGACAUGCAAAAUAACAAAUAAAAAUUGAAGGAAUACCAGCAGUGGCAAAUCAUGCACAGCAAAAUCUCUGCACUCCCUAAUGUGGCAUCUGAUUUUUGUUACUCCAUAACUGGCAGAUAUGCUCCAAACCCAAGUUCCUUCCUGAAAAUCUAGCUCUCCACCUAAGCUUUUAGUUACCUGUUGCAAUAUCUCCUCUUACAGUUUGGUGUCAACUUUUAUCAAAUGGCAUUUCUGUAAAACAUCUGGGAAUGUUUUGCAACAUCCUACAUAUAAAAAUCACCCUAUAAAUGCAGGUUGUCAUUUGUUUACUUGUCAGCCUUCCAAACAAUAACGAGGCUGGGUUUAAAUCAAUACCACUUAUGCUUAUUUUAAGCUGUUCUCAGCACCUAAUUGAUUGAUUUAUUGUCACGUGUACAGAGGUACAGUUCGUUUACAAACGGUACAGGCAGACCACAAAAAGCAAGGAUGCACAGAUCAAAAAGACUUACAUGGAGGCAUACAGGUUACAUUGCACAGGGCAUGCGCCAGGCAAGGUCAACAUUAGCAAGAUCAGCAUUAUUUGAGGGCAGAGAAUCCAUUCAUCAGUCUAAUAACAGCUGGAAAGAAGCUGUUCCUGAACCUGCUGGUGCGUGUUCAGGCUACUGUAUCUUCUGCUUGAUGGAAGAGGUUGUAGGAGAUUUCUGAGGUGCGAUGGGUCUUUGAUGAUGUUGGCUGCCUUUCUGCAGCAGGGAUCUGUGUAAAUGAGGACCAUGGAUGGAAGGUUGGCUUCCGAAAUGGCCUGGGCUGUGCACACUACCUUCUGUAGUUUCUUAUGGUCCUGGGCAGAGCAGUACACUUUCAAUUGUGCAUCUGUAAAAGUUGGUGAGGAGGCUUAUGGACAUGCCAAAUUUACUGAGCUGUCUGAGGAAGAGGCAGCAUUAUUGUGCCUUCUUGACCAUUGCAUCUACGUGGGAAUUCCAGGACAAGUUGUCAGUUAUCGUCACUCCAAGGAACUUGAUGUUUUUGAUGAAGAUGGGGGCAUGCUCUCCUCCUUUCUUUCUGAAGGCAACAAUUAGAUUUUUAAUUUUGCCAAUGUUGAGAGAGAGAUUGCUCUCAUUGCACCACGUCACCAAGCUCUCUGUCUCCCUUCUGUAUUUUGACUCAUUAUUCGAUAAUCAUACUACUACAGUGGUGUCGUCAGCAAACUUAUAGAUGGCAUUCGUUCAGAAUUUGGCAACCCAGUCGUGGGCUGAGGACACAUCCUCAGGAUGUACCCUGGCAAACAAUUAGCUUACAAGGCUUCCUCAGUGAGCACUAAGAGUCAACCAAAUAAUACAAACUUGAAGUCCAUAUUCAGAUCUUCAACCCAAAUGUUUAAAAAGUACACGGAAAACUGACCACUUUAACCUCCAACCUUCUCCUCUACUAAAGUUGGUAAUUUAAAGUUUCAGUCAACAAGUUAAGAUAGACAAGAAAUUGGAAACAUAAUCAAAACAGUUGCUUUGGCGAAAGCAACGUGACACUGUAUAAAUUGUACAGACUGCAGACAAG